AUGGCGGCCCCGCCACCUGCCACAGCCAGAGAGGGUGGCUGCAGCACCGGGCCUGGCCUCACCGUCUUCCCCGGGACCUUCCCGCGGCUCCGGUCGGACGAAGCGGGGGCUCCGUCCCGCGCCGCUGACGCCGCGCUCUCCUGCAGGUACGUGCUGUGCGAGGUGGUCUCGGAGGACCCGCGGUGCCGGCAGUGCAUCGAGGACCGCGCGGUGGGCCUCGCCGUCAGGGACGCCGUCGGGCGGGUGCACGGGGACUACGGCCUGGCCUGCUGCUCCAUCUCCUUCACAGUGAAGUACCUGAACGCCUACACUGGGACCGUGCUCCUGCGGUGCCGCAAGGACUCCUACAGGCUGCUCUGCUCCGCGCUCCCCUUCGUGAGGCAGCUGGAGAGCCGGAACCAGCGUUACCCCUGCUCCCUCAACACCUUGCACGUCGGAGGUACUAUAAGAACAUGUCAGAAAUUUCUAAUUCAGUAUAAUAGAAGACAGCUGCUGAUGUUGUUGCAAAACUGUACAAAUGAAGAGGAAAGACGGUGUAUACAGAAGUCCUUGUUGAGCUGUUCCCUUACAGAAGAGCAGUCUCAAAGUGGAGAUGAAGAUGAUGAUGGCCCAGAGACAGACUGAACGUUACUAGUUACUGUUCACCUCUGUCCUGUACUUGUGUAAUCAAGAUGUUACCAGUUAUCUUCAGAGUUAAGCAAAGCAGGGGACAGAAAAGGCAUCUGUUUGUAUUUAGACUUCAUUCCCCCGUUCUGAGUGUUCUUAAAUAAAUAAAUUUUAAAAAAUACGGUUUUACUUAAGUAGUUUACUUGCCUGUUUCACCCCAGGAGUCAAAACCACCUGCACUCCUAAGGAGUGUAGCAGCUCAAUGUGAUCUUCAUGCUGAGGUAGAAGUGAGCUUUAGGCAGUUGGCGUAAACAAGGAAUGUAGUUAUUCUCCUCGAGUACAGAAAAAGCAUUAACAUCUUACUGUUUUUUUUACCUUAUCUUCAAGUGCACCUGUUAUCCAUAGGGCUAUCCAUGGUUUUGAGUC